UCUUAUAUAGCUUAUCACCGGCCAUUAUUUGCCUUUCAAACAAGACGAUUUUCCAUUUGCUAGUCUAUAGCUAUAUUUUCAUUAUUCGGUCAUAUAUACAUUCCUGAGUUGCUUGUUUGUUGAUCAAUAUGGCUUCUCCUAAUGAUGGAUAUUGUAGGUAUCAUGUGUUCUUGAGUUUCAGAGGCGAAGACACGCGUAAGACUUUCACUGACCACCUCUACACAGCCUUUGUCGACCAAGGCUUUCGCACUUUCCGAGAUGACGAUGAACUCGAGAGAGGGGAGGAUAUCAACCCGGGACUUGAGAAAGCCAUUCAACGGUCAAGAAGUUCUGUUAUUGUCUUCUCGAAAGAUUACGCAUCUUCAAGAUGGUGCCUUAAUGAGCUUUUGAUGAUCCUUGAGCGCAAGAGGACCUCCUCCGAUUAUGUUGUUUUACCUGUUUUCUACAACGUGGAUCCAUCCCAAGUGAGGAAACAGACUGGCAGUUUUGCGGAGGCAUUUGCCAGACAUCAAGAAAAUGAACCGUCGAACAAGGUGAAAGAAUGGAGGGCUGCACUUACAAAAGUUGCAGAUCUAGGAGGGAAGGUCUUGAAGAACCAAGAUGAUGGGUACGAGUCAAAGUUUAUAAAAGGUGUUGUUAAAGAGAUGGGAAACAAGCUUAGUCGUACACCAUUGAGUGUUGGCUUCAACCUGAUUGGAAUCCAUUCUCGAGCUAACAAAAUUAAUCUAUGGAUACAAGAUGGAUCAACUGAUGUUGGUAUCCUUGUAAUUUUUGGGAUGUCAGGAAUAGGGAAGACAACAAUCGCAAAAUAUGUCUAUAAUUUGAACUUCAGAGAAUUUGAAGGAAGCAGUUUCAUUGAAAAUAUUAGAGAAACUUCAGAACAAACCAAUGGCCUAGUUCAACUACAAAAACAGCUCCUUUCUGAUAUUUUAAAUGGAAGAGAAGUGAAAGUACAUAAUGCUAGCCAGGGAAAAAUUAAGAUUGAGGAUGCCAUAAGCUGUAAAAGAGUUCUUCUUGUUCUCGAUGACGUGGAUCAUAUCGACCAAUUUGAUGCGUUACUUACAAUGCGAGAGCGAUUUUAUCCGGGAAGUAAAAUUGUCAUAACAACUAGGCGAGCAAGGCUGUUAAUGGCACGGGGAGUUACUAUGGUGCAUUCUGUUCGAGCUUUGAAAUACAAUGAAUCAUUGAAGCUCUUCAGUUGGCAUGCUUUUCGACAAGAUCAUCCAAUUGAAGGUUACGAGAAACAUACUGAAAAGUUUGUACGCCAUGGCGCAGGGCUUCCAUUAGCUCUUCAAGUUUUAGGUUCUUCUCUAUUUGGGGAAAGUAUAGUGUUAAUGUCUAAAAUUGUAUGGGAAAGUGCAUUGAAGAAACUAGAAGCUAUUCCCAAUAGUGAAAUCAUGAAUAAACUCAAAAUGAGUUAUGAUGUACUCGAUAAACAUGAUCAGGAAGUGUUCCUCCACAUUGCUUGUUGCUUCAUUGGAAAUGACAAGGAUUACACUGUUGGAAUACUAGAUGGAUGUAAUUUGUACACUACUGUUGCCAUUACGAAUCUCAUUGAUAGAUGCCUAGUAACAAUUGGCCCCACGAACAAGGUGGUGAUGCAUGACAUGAUUCGUGAUAUGGGAAGAGAAAUUGUUCGCCUAGAAGCAGAGGAGCCUCGGAAACGUAGUAGAUUAUGGCAUUACAAGGACUCCUUCAAAGUACUGAGAGAAAAGAAUGGUACAAAAACUAUUGAAAGUCUUGAAUUAAACAUGCAAAGGCAUCUUGAAGUCACUAACUCAAGAUAUCCCAACGAGAUUGUCUUGGAAACCAAUGCAUUUGCAACGAUGCACAAACUAAAACUACUCCGGUUAAGUCGUGUAAAUCUCACUGGAAGCUUUGAAAAAUUUCCGACUGGAUUGAGAUUGUUGUGUUGGAUUGCAUUUCCUUUGGAUUCUAUACCGGUUGAUUUUCAUUUGGAGAACCUGGUUGUUCUUGAAAUGCAGUACAGCAGCUUGAGACAAAUAUUGAGUGGAACAAAGUGUUUUCCAUCCUUGAAGACGCUUGAUCUCAGCCAUUCCCAUACCCUUAUUGCUACCCUUGACUUUUCUCUUUGUCCCAAUUUAGAGAAACUCAUGCUUAUAGAUUGUAAAGGCUUGAUUGAUGUCCAUGAGUCCAUUGGAAUUCUAGACAGACUUGUUUACUUGAACAUGAAAGAUUGCAAAACUCUUAGCAUGCUUCCAAAGAAUAUUGGUAAGCUAAAGCUACUUGACACACUUAUUGUAUCUGGUUGUUCAAAUCUUAGCAACUCUUCAAUAGAGAUGAUUAGGAGCAUGGAGUCUCUGAAAGUGCUUGAACUAGAUAGAAUUCCAAUAAGUCAAUUAUUCACUCUCUGUGGGAAGGUCAAGUCGGGGAGUUAUUUACCAGGCUCUUUACUAUCAUUAAGUCUGAGUGGGUGCAAUCUUUCUGAUGAUGCUUUUCCUGUGGAUUUCACUAGCCUUUUCUCUCUGAGAAGUUUAAAUCUAAGUGAUAAUCCAAUAACUGGCCUACCCAAUUGCGUCAAGGGUCUGACAAGUCUAGAUGAACUCUCCUUUUACAACUGUUUGAGCCUCGAAUCCCUUGUAGAGCUACCAAAAGUAGGUUUCAAGUUGAAUGUAUCCGGUUGCGAAGCAUUGGUAAGAAUAACAUAUCAGUCAAAAUCCUGUGCCCAAUUUCCACGCCUGGGUGGUAAGAACUACAGCCUAGUUGAGUGGGAAUAUGAAUAUAAGUUAGAACCCAUUGGAAAAGUUGACGUAGAAUUGCUCAAACUUUUGGGCUUGAGCAACUUGGACUUUGAAUGCAGGCCAACCAUUCGGUUGUGCGCAAAAUAUACUGGUUACGACAUAAUUCAUCAUGGUGGAAUACAGGGACUGCAUGAGUAUGGUUGUACAAAUUCUUACUUCCGAGGAAAUGCAAGAAAGAUAGACAUGUUUAGUACAUUUCUUCCCGGGAAUGAGGUUCCAGGCCAAUUCAGCCAUAGAACUAAAGGCUCUUCCUCAAUAUCAUUAACUGUGCCUUUGCCUUCAGCUCAUGAUCUGAGAAUCCGAGGCUUUAACAUCUUCAUUGUCUAUGCAAUUUCAGACAAUGACGAUGAAAGAUAUUCUUCAUUUACUGACCAGGGUUCAAUAACUAUCAAAGUCAUAAAUGAGAGCGACGACAGCAACUGGCAUUAUGAGCCAAUAUAUCACGGUAUUCCGGGUAAGGGAGAAGACAUGAUAUGGUUAACCCAUUGGAAUAUGGAGAAUCAAGUAAAAGGUAGGGAUCAAGUGGCUGUUUCACUCUCGGUAAAACAUGCAAGGUUUCGGUAUCAGGUAAAGGAGUGGGGGAUCCAGGUUGUACAGGAGAAGCAAGAAGGUAAGAUGUGUACCGACCACUACACCACAAAUCCCAUUUGUUUUCCAUGUGCCACUGGUGGAGAUUUGUUAACAUCUGAUGAGCCGUUGAGGGGAACAUACUUGCUGUCCUAUGAACCUGAUUCAACGGUAGAUAAAGAUAAAAAAGGAGAUGAUGAAGAAGAGGCAGUGGGUGAUCCUAUUCCUGCAUCAGCAAUGGGGGAUGGCAGCAACAACAGCGAUCGGGGUCUCAGAAAGUGGAAGGUGCUCAUCAUUGCCGCUAUCAUCCUUGCUGCUGCCAUCAGCGCUGCUCAUCAUUUUGAGGACUCUGCUCUAGACACAAAUCUAGCUGAAACUGUCACUAAUGCAGACAAUGAAGAAGAACAACGGGAUGAAGAUGACAAGCUUGCAACAGCGACCAAUACUGACGGCAGUAACAACCGUGCGCGGGAUCCCAGAAAGUGGAAGGUGCUCAUCAUUGCUGCUGUCAUGUUAAUUCUCUGUUUAUCUGUUCGCUGGUUCUUCUUUUUCUCCGCCAGAGACAGAUACAUGGAGUCCAAUAUUUUGGUUCCUACAUGAAUUUAUUUUCUCUUCCUUCGUUCUCUCUCCGUAUGAAAUAUGUACAUUGUAAGAAUUAAUGUGGACUUAAAAUGUUCAUUAUGGACUACAACAACUUAGCUGGCUUAUUUGUAGAAAAAGUAGUUCGACAAUGCUUGAAUUA